CCGUCGCGAUGAAAAGCUGCACCAAAACGCAAAACCGACAGCAACCAACGCACGCCAUGGAGGCCAUGAACAUGGAUAAGAUCGUGGCUCUGCGAACGCUCAUUGACACCAAGCUGCGCGACGAAGGCGUGUACGCGCAGCUCCGGAACCUCAUCCAGGCCACGGCGCCAGAUGCACCCACCGACACGGACACGGUGGUGAACGGCCUCCUCGAGAGUGACAUUGUCCAGCAGCUCAUUGGGUCCCUCAAAGCAAGUGCAGCGCCGGCCACAGUCUCACCGACGUCGGAGCCCGAAAUAGCGGCGCCAGAUUCGCCCGCACCGAUGCUGCAACUCCGGCUUCUCGGCGGCCGGGCCUUUGUCGACUGCGUGACGAAUCCGGAAAGCCACCGGUGUGGGUUCCGCGUCGAGGUGGCGUUUCUCGGCCACCGCUUCCAGUCGCGGGUGGUCGACUGCGUUCCCGAGCCAGCGUUUGACGAGACAUUCCACAUCCCGCUACCAGCACCGACGGCGUCGUCGACGCUCGAGGUGCUCUCGAAAUGGGAGGCUUUGUGUCGGCUGCGCGAUCCCAUGCAGGUCACGCUCCUCAAGCUUUCGCAGGCGACAGGCGCGGUCGAGUUUGUCGCCGCCGCCCGCGUCGACUGGCGCCGGGUCAUGAGUUGCACCCAUGCGACCGCGCACUUUCCGUUGCAGCUCCAAGGCCCGCUCAAGAUACCGAUCGGGUUCCUUGACGUGCGUCUGGAUCUGCUUGGGUUUCGGAAAAGCACGGCGAUUGCCCGUGACGUGGCCCAUCUUUUGCAAAAAGAACUUUUGACCACGAACGCCGUGCACACGACGUUCUACCAGUAUGCCAAGCAGUGGUGGGAAGAGGUGACGCUGCUCCAGUCGACAAAGGCGCGUGCCGUGCGAAUCUUCACCGAAGAUGAAACCCAUCGGCAUCGCAUGGUGUGCACCUACAUCGUGCCGCUGCAAAGCCGGUGCAUUGCGACACCGACCGAAGCCGCGCGCUUCGUGAGUCUCAUUCCAUUUGUGCGCGCCGUGGCCAUCGGCGGCGGGCAUCGACAGGACGGGUGGAAGUCGCUCCCGGCCUUUCUCGCGAUCGGCCGAGGCGACUGCGAAGAGCACGCGCUACUGCUUGCAUCGCUCUUGCUCGGUUUCGGCUUGGAUGCCUAUGUGGUCAUGGGUGCGCUCACGCAGAAAGACGAGCUCGUCCCGCACACGUGGGUACUUUUGAAAGAAAAAGCCGGAGUCGUGCUCUGGGAAGCCGUCACGGGCGUGCGCUACCCGUGGAACGCGUCUCAUCCGUACGCCCGCAUCGAUUGCGUCUUCAACGACCGCACCUUCUUUGUAAGCCGCCAAAAUGUCGAAUCUCCUGCGCCUCUCAAAUCGAUGCACCUCGACUUUCAUGACACCAAGCACUGGAAGAGCAUGGAGUCGAGCUUGAUUCGGCAGCUGCAGCGCGAGAGCCCCAUCGGUUUGGUACCACCGAGUCCCGAGCCGGAUGGAGCCGCCCUCGAAGCAGCCGUGCAGAGCCAGCUUGCAGACGUGCGCCGCGGCUACGGCUACACCACGCAGUGGACGUCGACACUGAGCCACUACCUCCGACCUGCGCUCACCUCGUACGAGCUCGAGCGGACAUACGGCAUCGGCAACCUCGAAAACAACCAUUUUGAGAUGAGCAUCAAGCGCUACGUGCCCGAGGGGUCGACGUUCCAAGGCUGUCCCAUUUUUGUGUCGAGCGCGCCCGGGCUCUCCAGCGACGCGAUUGUGCACAAGCUUCUUCGCGACUCGACGGCCAAGGCGCUCCUCCAAACCCACGCGCGCCCAGCCCAGUUUGGUUUGGCCAUCCGCGUCUACAGCUACCCCGAGCGCAUUGUCGGUGCGUGGGUUAUGCUCGGCGUGGUGUACCGUCCUUGA